CGUCGGCAAAAGUCCCCCAACACAAUCGUGACCAUUUUUCUUUUAAUAACAGAAACUUUAUAAAAGCAGCAACCCUGCAUCAAAUAUCUGUUUCAUUCCGCUUGUUUAUCGCAACUCUUGUAAAUGAAGUAAUGUAAUCUACGAACGUUGUGAAAAUAAAAUAGUAAUCGGGAAAAAAGCAUUUGUGAGAACAUUUUCAAUUUGUAAUAGACUGCCUGCAUAAUUUGAAAAAAUGUCACGAAUGAAAUUAGAAAGAGAUUUAAAAAAUAGUACUAUUAAUUUUGAUCGCCGCUUAUUAAUUACUGAAUUGUUGGAGCUUUAUGAACUGGAACUCGAAGAUGUCCAAGAAAUUUUGUUGCUCUAUUUAAAAGAACAAGAGCAGAUUAAUGGAAGCAAAUACGAUAAACGCUUUGCUGUGUGGGCUGAAGAGCACUUAAAGGAAGACAGUAUUAGAGAAGUUUGCAAAAUCGUCGAAGAAUCAAAGUUGGCAGAAUGUAAGCUGCAGAAAUUAAAAUCUAUGCUGUACUCAGUAGAGAUUUUUGUAGGAGCCAAGUCUGCAGGCGCAAAUUUUAAACCUAUGGCUAUAGCAAAGGAUGCUAAAUUAAAACAAGUCCUAAAACACCAGGCGAAUGGUUCUCUAACCUUAGAGGAAAAUUCAACAAAAAAAGAAUCUGCUCGCAAUAAAGUAUAUCAAAACGUACAAACAGUCUGUAAAACAGAUGAUCGACUAUAUGAUAGUGAUGAAAAGUUGGCAACAAGCUGUAAAGUUGGCAAAACUUCUCCUACGGAAUUCCAAACCAGUUCUAAAGACAAGCGAACUUCUAAUAAAAAUUCUCCUACAAAGCUUAUUAAAAACCAAAAAGGGAUUAAUACUUAUUUUACUGCGGGCCUUCCUAAGAAAAAAUCUGAUGAAUCUAAAAACAUCAAAAAACUGGAAGUUGCCCCAAAGAAAAAACAAGAUUUUUUUAAGAAACAAGAAAAGCCUUGUUCAUUUACCAAUACUACUGGAGAGGAACCCGUUAAUGCGUCCAUACAACUUUUCGGGGAAGAAGACGCAGCAGAAGGGAAGGAUUAUGCUGAGCAAAUAGAGUCUUCUGAUGAAGAAGAAAAGCUGGAAGCCUUGAAGCGAGAUAUAAUAUCUUCUGAUGUGGAAUUGGAAGACAAAGAAGCUCACGUGUCAAACAGUUGCAAGAGGCGGAGAAUUAUCGAUUCCGAUGACGAAGAAGAUGAAUCGCCACAAGAAAAACAAGGAAAGCUAGAUGAUAUUAAGAAAGAAGCAGAUGUUAAACCUCAAACAUUUCUCGAUGACGAUGGCUUUGUUAUAACCGUGAAAUCAAAAUCUGUGAACCAAUCCUUAGUUAAAAGCAAAACUAUGUCGUCUCCUGAAACAAAGAAACCUAAAAUACAAAAUGGCAAAAAAUCGCCAAUUCCCGUUAAUGCUGAGGUUAAAUCUAAACAGUCUGGUAUUAAAAAUUAUUUUAGCACGAAAUAA